GCAAACAAGUUAAAUAUCAUCGAUUUAUCGAUUUUCUGCUAGUUAAAUAAGGAACUCAUUUUUUUUUCAAUUAAAAAAUUACCGUACGAUAAAAUAAGAAAUGUUAAAUGAAGUUGAUAGUUUCGCAGACAUCUUUCGGGGUGGACUGCCUUAUUGCCUCCUUGUAGCUUUGCCAAUAUUAAUACUCUGUUCCCCGAGCAUGGCCAGCGAUUUUCAGGUCAUGUCUAUGACAAAAUUUGAUGUCAACGGUGAACAAUUCGGUAGUCGAUCCUCUGCAAUAUCGCUAGAAGCAAAGUCCCUCUAUACUUGGAGUACGGGACGUCAUUGUGUUCUUGCAAGGCUUCUUGAUAUUUCUGUUAACGAUUUGAACAAGAUUCGGCAAAAGGCAGGAGGACUUAUAAUUAUGUUGCCGAAAGAUGUCUCAGCUUUAAACGAUGAAGUAAAAGAACAUGUUUUAAUGUUGGAGCAACAGAUGCUGGCACAAUCUAUUCCAGUGCCAGUUUAUUUUGCUGCCUUCAACCAAAAGUUGGAAGAGAUUCUGAAAGAUGUUACCCACACAGCUAUUGAUAAUAAUAUUGAAAACAAAACUGCAUUUGGACAAAUGCUAUUAUUAGUUUCGGCAAAUGGAUAUCAUGUAACAGUGGAUGGUCAGAAUAGUGCCGCGAAUAAAAACAGCAAAAUACCUGUUAUUCAGGGAGAAUUUGUGCCAAAUCAAUUUGUCUCUAAACAUAUGGAUAACUCCGGAGAGGGUAAUAGUUUACCUCUUAUUUUGAUAACAGCGAGUCUUAAGACUUUUGGAAUUAUCAAUGACUAUCCCCUAAAUGCUGAUUCAGCUGUCGCCAUGGCGCUUAUAGAGGUAUUCAGUAAAUUACACUCAAUGAUCAGCAUGUCGCCAAAAUAUCGAUUGGGUUUCCUGCUAUCUGACUCUGGAUUGUUACUCAACUUUCAGGGAUCGAAAAAAUGGCUAGAAAUUGAUGAGAAUAGUGUUUUACAGAAUGUGGAAUUUGUUUUAUGUCUGGAUACGAUAACCCAAAGCUUAGCAUAUAAUCAACCGAAUGCUCUAUACAUGCAUGUGUCGAAGCCACCCAAGGAGAAAACUUCAAUAAGUCAUUUCUUCAAAAUACUCAAAGCUGUCUCUACUCAUCAUGGUGGUAACCUAACAGUUGAAGGCGUUCAUAAGAAAAUCAACUUGGCCGACUCAAAAUUAUCGUGGGAGCAUGAGCGUUUCAGCAUGAAACGAUAUCCCGCCUUUACAUUGUCGUCAGUGAAAAAUCCUGGAAGUCCUCUAAGAACUACUAUGUUCAAGGAUGACGAAUCCCAAAUCAUGGCACAACUGAUUACUUCGGUGAAAAUAAUUGCAGAGUCACUUGCUUGUUAUAUGUAUAAAGUUGACCCACUAUCAGAUGUUUUUGAUGGCCAUGUUGCUAUAAAUGAAGAUAAUAUUUCACCAUAUCUUGGUCUGAAAUCGAUCUUGCAGAAUAACGAUAUUAAGGACGGAUUUGAAAAGUAUCUGAAAAAUGUGAAAAUCAUUUAUGAUAAACCUGAUGUACGCGAACCUGAUUUCAUGUUCUACAAUGGCAUAGAUGCCAAGUUAAAUGUUUAUAGAGUCAAACCAGCUAUAUUUGAUCUAUUUCUUACUUUUAUUAUCACUAUUUAUCUAUCAACUAUAUAUUUCGCAAUUCAAUUCUUUCCCCGUUUCUACGAUCUUAUAUCGACGAAAUCGAAUUUAUCCAUGCGUUGCUUUAAUGGAAAUUCACAGAACACAAAACGAAAAUAAAUUAAUAAUGAGAUACUAAAACAAUUUUUACAAAGAAAAAUAGAAAGAAAUGUUAAAUUUAUAAAAAAGUCUUGUCGCGUUGAGGUCCAAUAUUAUUGUCAAAUAAAUAUUUUACCUUAU